AUGAAGACACUUUCUGAACCUGCAUGGAAGUGGCUGGAUGAUAGGGCUGACAAGUUGUGGAGUAGAGCUAAGAUUAGGACUACUUGUAAGAAUGAUAUGUUGCUUAACAACAUUUCAGAGAGCUAUAAUGGUAGCAUUCUAAAACAUAGAGGAAAACCUAUUAUUACAUUUCUAGAAGAAUUGUGGAAGGAUGCAAUGAAGAGAAUUGUAAAGUUGAGAAAGGAUAUGUUGGAUUCUAAUUCCAACAGCCCACUGGUGCCAAAUGUUGCAAAGAGGAUUGUGAAACUAGUGGAUCUUAGUGGGAGAUGGGAAGUUAUCUGGAGUGGGGAUAAUGCACAUUCACUUUUUGAGGUAACCUGCAGACCAGAGAAGUAUGUUGUGCACAUAGUGGAAAGAACAUGUAGUUGCAGGGUUUGGGAUCUCACAGGGAUACCUUGCUGCCAUGCAAUUGCAGCUCUAAGAUACAUUGGACAUCCUAUUGUUGAAUAUGUAAGUCAUUAUUACACAAAAGAAACAUACUUGAGAGGGUAUAGCCACUUUGUUCAUCCUCUUAAUGGUAUGAAUAUGUAUCCCAAUACUCAUGCUGAAGCUGUGCUUCCACCACCGCCAAGGAAAAAAAUGGGUAGGCCGCAAGUAAAAAGGAGAAGGGAAGCUGGGGAGAGUCAAGAUCCAUCGAGGUUGAGGAGGGCUUAUCCUGUGAUUAAAUGUGGCAAAUGUGGACAACCAGGGCAUAAUAGGAGAGGUUGUAGAUCUGAUGGUGCAGCAAGGAUGGUAGGAGGAAAUCCUAAUAUGGCUGGUACCUCUACAGCUGCAAGUACAAGGCCUGUUAGAAGUGGUGUUAGAGGUGGCUCCUCAAGAGGAGGUGGUGUUAGAAGAGGUGGAUCAAGAGGAGGUGGUGUGCCCAGAAGAGGUGGGAUACGAAGGAGGGGUGUUGUGCCAAUGAGAGUAGGAUCCAACUUAACAAGUGAUACUGUUGGUGCUGCAACAUCAUCAACUAGAGUUGCCUCAAUCCUACAAGCAUCUCAAGAAUCCGUUUGCACAAAUGGUGAUAGAAAUUAA